GGUCACGUCACGUGCUGAUGUUUUGUACUGCAUGACAGAACUAGAGUGAACAGUGUGAUAUUUGUGGCGUUACUCAACAGCACUGACAUUUAAAUUUGUCACUCACUACGGCGAGUAUGUACUCGUGGAUGGAAAAGAUACCCGACCAAAUAGGAUUUCUUGUUUUGAACUCCGACGGGGGCGUUGUCAAUUCAGGAGGCGAACUUGAAAACGAAGAACGUGUAGCUGAAAUCAUCCACAAAAUGGUGUACGGAAUCGACAUGAAAGACCUUCUCCCCAGCGACAGGAAGGAUAACUUUCGCAGGAUGUCUAUUCAUUUUGGGAACUACUAUUACGCUGUGACACUAUCAAACCAGAAGAUCUUCGUCUCCAAGCGAAAAUACAAUCCAUUGGAACCUGCUAUUGCUUGAGCGUGCUCAAAGUUUCCAGUUCUUGUAUGAUAGCUUUGUCUGUGUAAUGAAAAUACCCUUACGUUUUUUUUUA